UAAGCCAUGCGGAACACUGGGCUUAGCACCAGUUGGUGGAAUGUGUGAAAGAGAGAGGAGCUGUAGCAUAAAUGAAGAUAUUGGCCUCGCUACAGCCUUCACCAUAGCACAUGAGGUGGGACACACAUUUGGCAUGAACCACGAUGGCAUUGGUAAUGGUUGUGGAUCUCAAGGUCAAGAGACAGCCAAACUCAUGGCUGCUCAUAUUACUAUGAAGACCAAUCCCUUUGUAUGGUCAGCCUGCAGUCGAGACUACAUCACUAAUUUCUUAGAUUCUGGAUUGGGUGUCUGUUUGAACAAUGCUCCUACACGGCAAGAUUUCAUUUAUCCCACACAAGCUCCAGGACAAGCCUAUGAUGCAGAUGAUCAAUGUCGUUUUCAGCAUGGAAUGAAAUCCCGCCAGUGUAAAUACGGGGAAGUUUGCAGUGAACUUUGGUGUUUAAGCAAAACCAGCCGUUGCAUCACCAACAGCAUCCCUGCUGCUGAGGGAACCAUCUGCCAGACAAACACAAUAGAAAAAGGGUGGUGUUACAAAAGGGAAUGUGUCCCAUUUGGGACCCGCCCUGAGGGCGUUAAUGGAGCUUGGGGUACCUGGUCAUCAUGGGGAGAAUGUAGCAGAACCUGCGGAGGAGGCGUAUCUUCAUCAGUUCGACACUGUGAUAGCCCAAGGCCAACCAUUGGAGGAAAAUAUUGCUUAGGAGAGAGAAAAAGAUACAGAUCAUGCAAUACUGACGAGUGCCCAUCAGGGUCACAGGAUUUUCGAGAGAUGCAGUGUGCGGAAUUUGACAAUGUAGCAUUUCGAGGAAAAUAUUAUUCUUGGAAAAGUUACAAAGGAGGCUCUAAUUCUGGUUUCGCGCUGGAGAAGACGUCUUCGAGACAGACAGCGUAGAAAGCGUUGCUAUUGGGUGCAUCCAAUAACCUCUGCAAGAAUAA